AUGGCGUUGAUAUUGCCAAAGGGCAUUGUGGUCAAUUCGCCGCAAAUUGGAAGCACCAUCGAGAGAUUCAAAAAUGAUCCUUUAGAUCUUGCCGACAUUGCCAGAUUUUGGAAAGUAUACACUACAACAAAACGAAGACUUCUCGAUCCCACGGCUGAGCGCUUGGAGAAUUACUGGUGGCGAAUAUGGGGAAGUCGACGUCGAGAGCUGGAUGCUUCGACCGUGGCCCGACUGUUCGUACACAUUUCAGAGGGUGACACUGUUGUGCCACUCAGGGGACCACCCAAUCGUUAUGAGCCUGAAGCGCCAAUGAAUAGUGCAGCCUACAUUGGAAAAACCGCCUCGACUACCUCUGUUGCUCGUGCCCGCAACGAGAGCCGACCACGUACCACACCGACGUCAGUUGCUAAGACAUCUGCUCCCAUGCCACCCCCAAUAUUAAAAAAGACCCGAGGACCUUCUGGAAAUGGUCCUCGACCGACUGCGCGCUUCAUAUCCCCGGCGGCGUCAGAAGAUGAGUCUGGUAGCGCAAACAAGCAAGUCGUAGUACAAUCGCCUCCACCACCACUUGAACAGACGAGUACCAUUGACGAGAAGAUUGAGAAAGAGAAGGUCGAUAAGAAGUUGAUGCCUGCCCCUGCAAGUAAGAAAUUCGUUGCUUCGGCUGCCAAGAAGAAGAGACCGGUCGUUGUCAGGCGACAGAGUUCGCAAACCUCCCAGUCCUCGAAUGAUAGCUCAGCGAGACUUGCCGGUGGACAAGGACAACAAAACAGGAAUUUGGGAAGGCCACCUCCGCUAUCUGUACCACCCACCAGAAAUCAGAAUACGCAGGAAAAUGUUGUACCGACACGAUCUACAACUUCCCCAACGAAACGCAAUCCGUCCAAAUUGGCAGCUCCGGCUAGGGGUGGUUCGCGCAAACUCGCAAGCACUCGUGAAGAAAUUGUUGAGGUAGCGCCAGCUCAGCCAACUCAGCCAGCUCAGAUUGUUCAGACUGUCCAGACUGCCCAGCCAGCUCAGACUGUUCAGCUAGCUCAGCCAGCUCAGCCAAUCCAGCCUGCUCAGCCUGUUCCUUCGAAUGACCUUCAAACACUGGUGAGCAAUCAGGUUCCGACGCAGGUAGUUAGUGAGGCAGAGUUCAAAGUGCAAAGGAUGCUUCUCGAUAAUGCUAAGACAGCUAGCAUAUUACCACCCGGACCCCCGAGUCCAGAUUCUCAGGCAUCAAUCACGUCUAGGGAUUCGAGCAAUGGCAAACCUCCUGGUUAUAGGAAGACGAGUGGAAAGCACCUUUUACAACAACAAUCCAAGGGUAUGGUCAGCUCGGCGCCAACAUUGACUGAUGCCACUGGCCAUCUCGAUUUGGGCACUGGUAGUCAAAAUACAACAGUACCUGCAUCUCCAGAGAGACCAGGCAAAGGCAAAGCUCGGACUCUUAUGAAGGAUCUCUUCACGAAGAAAUCAAUGCCACAAGUAGUAUCACCUAUUGCUCAACCAGUGAGCACACCGCCAGGGUCCCCAGGAAAUCUAAGUAAAAGCAAGUCACAGCUUUCACUCUUGCUUGAACGAGAUCAAGCGAGGAGCUUAGAAUCUAAGGCAUCUCUGAACAAUAAAGGAAAACAAUCCAUGAAAUAA